UCUAAAUAAAAAAUAAAAAAAUAAAAAGAAAUUCCCUUUUCUCUCUCUCUAACUCUCAGACUACUUGUACAAGCCUCUUGACUCUUGUUUAGUGCCUCUCUACCACAAAACACUUGACACAAAAUCUCUGCAUUUGCUCCUCUCACCCUCGCUCUCCCCCCUCCCUCCCCUCUAACAAAAGACUUUUAAAGACUUAAAAGGUGGGGUUGAAAGAGAGAAGGAGAUGGGUUUUCUUCCUUCCCUUUCUUUUCUAGCGUUUCCCUCAUCCUCUUAUUAGCAAAGUUCUAAGGAGGGAAGGGUCUAAUUAGGCACUACUGUUCUUGCUGUUGUUUCCUUCUUGGGUGUUCUCAAGUUUUUUAGACCCUUUUGUAUCCUCCCACACCAACAAAACCAACUGUUCCCAUCCUCUCUCUCUCUCUAUCUCUUUUUUUUAUCCUUUCUUUCUUCUUGUAAUGAUCUCUAAGAUGAAAUCUUUGGCAUUAUUCUAAUUCUACAGUCCUUCAGCCUUUUUUUUUUUUCUUGUGUUUUUGGGUCUCUCAAAAAGAGAAGAACUUUGAAGAAGGUGGAGCAAGUAUGUAUCUAGAUAAGGCUCUUUAGAAUCACACAGGUUUCUAAAACUUCAGUGUCUUUCUUUCCACCCAAAAGAAAGAAAAGGGAAAAUGGGAAAAAUUGUGUGCUUCAUUAUCUCUUUUUUCUAAUCAUUUAGAGUCCCAAGAGCCUCAUAAUUUCUUCUUUAUCUUUCAUAAUUCUUUCCCCUCUCUCUCUCUCUCCCCACCCCACAAAAAAUUAAAAAAAAAUCAUUUUUAAGCACAAAGAUUGAGAUAGAGAUAGAGAGAGAUAUAGAGAGAGAGAGAGAGAAUGGAUCUUUCUUCUCAUGAAGGGGACAUCCCAAUCCCAAUAAGCAGCAGCACAUACAUUGGCGCUCAAAGCCAUGGCCAUUCCUUCCUGUCCUCCUCCAACGGCCCUCCCCGUAAACACCACCACCACCACCACCACCCUCCUCCUCCUCCCCCACUGAAGCACCACCACCACCAAGCCAUUGUCCCAAAAAAGCCGCGGCCGUAGUCACAAUACAGGGAGUGCCUCAGAAUCCACGCGGCCUCCAUCGCGCGGCAACGCCACGACGGCUGCGGCGAGUUCACAGCGCGCGAGGAGGGGACCCUCGAGGCCCUCAAUGUGCAGCCUGCAGGCUGCCACAGGAACUUCCACAGGAAGGAAACCGAAGGGGACCCUUUUCGCAGCAGCCCCUCCUGCGACUGCCGGAGGAACUUCAUCGGCCGGGCACGGCCACAAGGGGUCCUGAUCCCGAGGCCGACCCCCCACAGCAUGAUAAUGCCCCUGGGGGCGGCCUCGGCAAUGCAGACCUCGGAGAGCGACGAGAUGAUUAGCCGUAGGCCCCCGCUGAUGAAGAAGAGGUUCAGGACCAAGUUCAGCGCCGAGCAGAAGGAGAAGAUGCUGGCGUUCGCCGAGAGGGCCGGGUGGAAGCUGCAGAAGCAGGAGGAGGGCGUGGUGCAGCGGUUUUGCCAGGAGAUCGGGGUCAAGAGGAGGGUGCUCAAGGUUUGGAUGCACAACAACAAGCACAAUUUGGCGAAGAAGGAGCCGCUGGCUAACAACUCCAGCUUCAACAACAGCGAAAGGGUCUCGAGCUUCAACAGCGAGAGGGUCGGCGAGAGGAUGAGCGAGUGAAAAGAAUUAAUCGAGCUGGUUGCGUUCACUAAUUCUCCGUAACAAUUGUGUUGAGGAUUGAGUUUAGUUUUGGAAGAGGGUGCGUGUUUUAGAUUGAUGAGUGUUUAGAGCUAGCCCUUGAACUUAUUUUUUCUCUUAGUGCUUUGAGGUUUUUUUUUUCUUUUUUUUCUUUUUUUGGGGUCCUUUUUUUUUUCUUUUUCAAGUGAUGAUCCUAUAUCAAGGGGUUUUAGGUUUAUGAUAUACUGUAUUCUAGGAUGGCACUUUGGUUCGUUUCUUCUGUUUAAUAUGGUGAUGUUGCUCUUAUUAUAUCCCAA